UUUUCCCAUCGUCAGUGCAAUUUCGGUCCCUCGACCAUCAACAGCCCGAAUUUACCCGGUACGGUCACGUACCGGCGGGUACCAUGUCGGUAAUUACGCUUUCAUCAAUAUUGUGAUGGUGAUAUAAACGUGUGAUGGAGGAUCCUGGGCCAGUGCUGCGACGACAUGGGGCUCGGGCACGUACAGGUGGCGUUGCUGGCGCUGGGUGUUCAUUGCGUGGCGGCCCUUUUCGAGCGGCCCUACCACUCGCCGCCCUUCACGCCCGCCCACUUCUACCCCAAGCCUCCCCCCAUCAAGCUGCCGUCGCUCAGCCUCGACGACAAGUUCUACUUCUCUCUUUCGUCCAAGCCCAAGAAAACCAAGUACUUCGUCGGUAAAAUACCCGACUACUGGAAGGCCAUACCCGUCGAAAAAAAGGGGCCCGCCCUGGCCCAAGAGCCGUUCCGACCCGUCCUCCACGCAUUCAGUCCGCCCGAAGACGACGUCAAACCGGUUACCGAGCACAUCGAGGGCGACCUCAUGUACGACUUCAGGACCAACACGCACUCGUUUUGACGGAGAUGGGACAAAUUGGAUGACGGCUCCAUUUCCGACCAUGGCGGCUGUCAGCGCCGAAAGUUACGGUUAAUUAUUUUAAAUGGGACGUAGAUGGGCUCAUGCGGAGAGCAGCGUUUUUUCCUUUCGCGCUGGGAGUGCUGGGACUGAUGGAAAUGGACGCUGCCAGAUUUUGUUUUAUGGUCGAGUUCAUACAAAUUUAUUUUAAUUCGAGGGCUAGGAUAGGUAGUUAUUAAGUCGUAAGUUUCGUGUAGUUGAGUUUGUUGUUUUUUAGUUUUAUUAGUCGAAUAGCUGUGUUUUUAAUGUACAGAUUUACCGACGGGGUAAUAAAUUCGAGUCAUAAAGUUUUUUAAAGAA